AAAAAACAAACAUUAUUGUCAUCCACAAAGUGAUUUUGCACCUUGCAUUGGUGAAAAUAUUUGUUCUGUCUUAGACUUUGAAAACAGUUUUCAGAAAGAUUUCCUAGUGCAGUCACUUUCUUAAACUGUUCAUCAACUUAGCCCUAAACAACAACUGCAGCCUCUGAAGAGUUGCUCAAAGGGGAUGUACUUUCUUCUGUCUUCGUUUGAGUCUCAAAUUUGAAAGGAAUCCAUUAGGUCUCAGUAGAAUGGAAGUAGGAGUACUGCAGGAAGGCAUUUUUUUUUCAAUAUCUUGACUCCUAUUCUGCCCAGCCAACUGAAUUAUAUAGACUGUUUGUGACCACUGGUGUGUGUUUGCCUCUUUUUCUUGACUGUGCCUUCAAGCACUUGACACUUUGAACUUCUAAACACUCUUGGGGUAAGAUAAGGAUAAUAAUGAGGCUCUUUUUAGAUCAGCCCUUCUGCUGGCCUGCAACAAAAUAAGGCACAUUUUCUGAAUGUUUUUUUUUUUUUUUUUUACAGAAUUAUUUGUUCUACAUUCAGAAUUUUUCUCUAGGUUCGUGUAGAGGAAACUAUCUCCUACGAUGCUUUGUAACGUUUUUCAGUGGCCACAUGAGCUACAUCUCUAUCAGGUUUACCCAUCUACAGACAGAACGUUAAUUAUUCUUCCUCAUAAUGUGAGUGAUAGCUUGUUUUAAACAACUUUUUUUCCAUUUAGACUGAAAAGUUAAAUUUUGCUGUCAUCAAACGGACACUAGAGACACAGGAAGUUGAAGGGUGUAAAUACUUUGGUAAGAUACUGUAUGCCCACAUAAUGUAAUCUUUAGUUCAGCAAAAGCCAAAAUCCAAAGUCGUGCCCACACCUUGUGACCUAAAUGUUGCUGAACUGUUUGCUUGAUUGUCCUGAAGCGCCCUUCAAAUUCAAUCAGCGUUUAAACCUAAUCUGUUCCUCUCUACAGCCUGCUGAUAAUGAGCGGAUCUCUGGUUUCUGUUGUCUUGUGUACCAUCAAUGAUCAAGAAGUCAAUACUCAAACGGAUGACGCUGAAUUGAAGCAGUAACUCCAUGUGUUUUUUUUUGUUUUUUUUCCAUUCCAGUACAUUUUGGUGAAGUGUUUUGCUACCGGGAAACAGAUGGAUUUUCUAAAUAAUGCAUUGUUCCAGCAGGCGAUCCUCCCACUUUAAGGUGCGCCUUGCAGCUACGUGAUGUAUUGUUUAUCCUUUCCGACAGACUGACCAAGAAGGAAGCUGGAACUGUUAAUGUUAUCACUUGAAAGUAGAUUAGUGCUGUUGUCCAUUGAGUCGCGUUGGUAACCAAUCAUAUGUCAGUGAGCCCCGUGAUUUAACGAUAUUCAACGGGGUGCAGAAACAUUUCGUCAUCGUUUUUCCAUACUUUGUCUCUGGGCAGCCGCCGUUGUGUAAUAGUCAAGAUUUAAAAUGGGCUAUUCCUUAAUCCUGAAGUUUUUUUUUCAAAAGUUUGAGCUUGCUUUUUAUUCAUUUUUGGCCCUUUUUUUGUAGUAAUAGCGCGCAUUUAAAAAAGCAUUUAACAAAACAUGAUUUAUUAAAACAGUUUGUCGUUGACACCUGUUUCUGCUCGUCAUAAAUACACUGCGUUUUCUACCAUUUUUAUUUGAAAUAUUCUGAUCACAUUGUAAGUUUUAUUUAAUAGCCUAAUUAAUUAAUUACUGGCUGUACUUUGUAUGGGGUUUUUCGCCAAUAAAGUCUUUCUACAAUAAAUGUGUGAACAAUGCUUGCUUAAAACAUCUCCAGGUAUUUCCGCAAUGAUUUUUUAAGAUGCGGUUUGGUAUUUAUUUAUCUCUUUUGCAUAAAGAGCGAUCUUUACAAACAUGUUUACAUUUUUGUUUGCUAAAACUGAGGUUUACUUCUUUACUGUAUUCUUUUUUUACUAUUAAGUUCUGCAAUGUCUAGGUUUCCUUUAAAUUAUUUAUUUCGUUGAUGUUUAUUUUAGCUUUUUUUUGAACGGACAACAACUUAGGAAAAUAAUUGUAUGCAUUUUAUUUAUAAAUAAAUGAAAAGAAUGGAAAAAAAAGAGGGUAACAUAAAACCCAACUCACCUGGUUUCCAGCUUCUGUUUUAUUAAUAUUCUACAGUAUGCAAACAGAUUCCCAUAACAUAUUGCUUAUAUUAAACUAGAUUCAUCCAAUUCCCAUCUAUCACCCAUCCGACCUCAAUGUUUCUGGGCAGUCCCACGCAUUGAUAUGCAAAUUACGCACCACGACCACAGCCUUAAACAGUCUGUCCCUCCCGAUCAUCUAUUAAAUCUUUGUGACCUUUCUGCACAACAAGCCAUUGUAAAUUAUACAGUACACGUCUACGUUUUACUUCUUGAUCAUUGAAUAUCGGUGAGCUGCCUCUAAAAUGUAUCACCUAAUAUCGGUUAAACUAGUGUGAAACAGUGAUCGUCUCUUUCAGCCCAACAUCUGGAAGGCUGCCAGCGAAAAUACUGAGAAAAGACGUUUGCCAGUUGGACUGAGGCGCAGGAUUUGGACUAUUUGCUUUCCUCUUAUGUGGUUAACUCUGCGGUUUGGGUUCUUACCUGUUUUUUUGUUUUUUUUUGUUUUGUUUUUUUUAGACAAUGAAUGGUUGGCAUGGCUGUCAAAUUGAGAUCAACUAAUUUCUUAGAAACACGUGGGUGUUUCGACAGGGCGGAUGGCUGGGAUCACCUUUAGCUGUAAUUUAAUCCCUCAUUUGAUGUGACUCAGCGGGCUUAUUAGACGUGCAGAUAUUUGCGUUUCGGCGUAAGGCCCACGGUGCGACAUUGGCAUCUAUCAAGUCCACGGCGAGGUUGGACACUGGAUCUUGUGCGUAACCACUGAGCCGGACCUCGAAGAUCGAGUUCAUGCUUGGCACUCUUUGUAUCCGUCUGAGUCGGCGCCCUGCGGAAACCCGUAACGCACCUGGCCUCCCUCUGAUGCACUUAUAGCCCACAAAACUUUGAUUUUUCUCACACACCUUUGCAGUUUUGCACAUUAAACUCGCCACAAUAGUGGAACACGGCAGUCUGAACAUCAUGUCCCUGAACAAGUACUGCCAGAGCUCCUCUUCUUCAUCUUCCUCCAGCUCCAUACGGGACAAGAAGGUCUUUUCCAAUCUGAAGCUCGGCCUGACAGGAGACUACCCGAAGAAGAACGCAGAGCUGCUCAGCGCUCAGUAUGGGAUCAACCUGCUUCUGGUCGGGGUGGCGCUGAUGCUGGCCAUUGCGCGGCAUGACUCCUUCGUUAAGGAGAAGGACCUGCUGUCCUUCACCACCGGCCUCAUGAUAGUGCAGCUGCUCUGGAUGCUGUGGUACAUCGUGAUGCGGCACAGCCAGAGGAAAAAACAAACUCAGAGAGACGUGACUGCCACAACAUGCUGGAUAAGAGGUGGUUUAACUCUCCUUGCUGUCCUCUCAUUGAUCAUGGACACCUUGAAAAUUGGAUACUUUGUCGGCUUUUGGUCUUGCUUGUCAGCUGUGUUCGUAGUAUAUCCUGUCAUCCAUGCAAUUCACACUGUAGCACAGGUACAUUUUGUCUGGUUUUACAUCAAGGAUGUGAUCAAGAGCUUUGAGACAUUUGGAAGGUUCGGUGUGAUUCACGCAGUCUUUACCAACCUCCUCCUGUGGUGCAACAGUGUGAUGUCAGAGACUGAGCACUUCAUGAGCAACCACAUGAAAAGAAUCUUCGCCCUGGAAUUUGAAAAUAUCACUGAAGGGGAGCCUGAAGUGCCUUGCAACUGCACAACAACCACAUGCUCCCUGCUCUCCCAAAGCUUCACUUAUCUGUUCCCGUUCAACAUUGAGUACCACAUCUUUGUCUCUGCACUGCUUUUCGUCAUGUGGAAAAACAUCGGACGCACCAUUGAUAUGUCCUCCAAUAGAAAAAGUCUGGUGACCAAAACGCAGGGAUUAACCUUAGGCCCCAUUUUGGGUCUCCUUGCACUGGUCAGUACUAUUGGAAUACUUGUGGUCUACAUUACACGUUUAGAGGGCCCCCUGGAAGUACGACAGUCGGCCAUUUCUAUGUUCUACAUAUAUGGCAUCAUCAUGCUGGUGGUCAUGGUUUCUGCCUGUGCUUCAGGUUUGCUCAUAUACCGAGUAAACCACAUGCCGUUUGAUGCAUCAAAGAACCCUUCAAGACAGUUGGACACAGAGCUGCUGUUUGGAUUCUCUCUGGGCUCCUGGUUAAUGUCCUGGUGCAGCAUUGUGUCAGUAUUUAGCAACCCCAGCGACCCUCCUCACCGCUGGACAAACCUAAUCUACUCCCUCCUAAUUAUUCUGGAGAAGUAUGUUCAGAACCUCUUCAUCAUUGAGUCACUUUAUCGCCAGCAAGAGAAUGUACAGAGAACGGACCCAGAGUUGCCCGCUGCUCCGGAAGUGUUCUCAGUGACUUUGUCUCCACCUUCCUUAAAUGGGAUCAUCAAUCAGGCUUAUGAGUCUCCUGACGGGGGUCGCAGUUCCGUGGAGAACGAGCAGGAGGAUAAUGGACAGGUGCACGGAUGUCAGCGGAAGCAGUCAGAUGUGCGGCUGCCUGUAGAGGAUCCCCUAAAUAUGAAGAGGCUGGUCCUGAAGAACAUUGCUAUUUUACUGUUAUUGUGCAAUAUUUCGUUGUGGAUCCUUCCCGCCUUUGGCUGCAGGCCACAGUAUGACAAUGGGUUGGAAGAGGAGACGUUCGGCUUUAGCGUGUGGGCAACAGUUGUCAAUUUUGCCAUUCCUCUAAACCUUUUUUACCGUUUUCACUCUGUGGCCUCCUUGUUCGAGGUGUUCCGCCGAGUCUGACUGAAAGGAACCAGUGAAUGGUGCUGACAAGAUGCACAGGAACCCUUGUCAGCACCACAGGAACCAUUCCCAUGGUUGUAUCAAAGCGCAGAUCAACUGUUCAGAAGGUCAUCAGAGUCACUUCUGUUAUGCAUACCUGAAAGGAAAUCACAGACAAACAAAACUUUGGAGAGACGAACAAUAGAGCCUGUGGUUCUUGACGAAUAACAGAAAGCUUCUUAUACAUGUUUAUGGGGGAAAUGUAUGUAGACAUUUUGCUAGUUUUAGAGGGACUCUUUCAUACUUUUUAUUCUGAUCUCAUUAUUGUAUUUAUUGGGACAUGAUCUACAAUAUAGGCCUGAAUGCAUCAUCUGAAAUACACAUUUUAUAAUCUCAUAAUCAUGACUAUAGACAUAUUAUGCACUAUUGACAGAAUCACAAUAUCUGAAAGUUAACAGUGCAGCCACUGUAUAUAAAGUAUAUGGAAAACGUUCUCCCUUAUUCAUAUUUAAAGUUUAGAUAGAGUUGUAGAACAGAAUGCAUAGUAGAACUGCAAGUUUGUAGUUACAAACUUACUAUAUUUUUACACAUUAUUAGUUGGCCUUUUGUUUUCACAAGUAGCCCCUUCAUCUCUUAGCCAAUGAUCAGAGUCCAUGUGCACUCUGAUCCUUUCUGUUGAGCUGAUGGAAAGAUAUAUUCAAAAUGAUUCCUCUAAAACGUUUUCUUUUGUUAACCAGAUAACAUUCAUAAUAUUAUCAUGCAUCAGGAUGGGCACGUCUUUAAUUUAAUACUAGAAAACAAUACUAUUACAGCCAUUACCAGUCACCAGGGAAGGAGCUACCCCUGGCGGUAAUGCAAUAAAAACAAUCAGUCUGGGACAAAGUUUGCACUAAAGACAUGUGUUAUAAAAUUUGCUGUAAGUUUUAUUCAGGGGUCCAAUUAAGUUCUCAGCUAGGUGCUAUCCUCCCUCUGGGUUUUCUAUGUGCCAAGUUGUGGGAAACAAAAAAAAAAAUAAAAUUGUUUGCAUAAUUCUGUAGUCUUGUAUAUAGUGCUACUCUAAUCAAAAUCCCUCAGCUACAAUGGUGUAAUUUUGUGCAUAUUUGAUCAAAUUGUGCUUACAAGACAUUGUGUAACAAUAUUCUGUGCAUUUUAUAAUAAAAAGAAGUUUUUCUUUUGCAACCGUAA